GCAUUAAAGUAUUUCUACUGUGAAGAAGUACCUUUUCUAUCUGAUAAAUCUUUUAAGUAUCUUUGCGAAUUAUUCACAUCGACAACAAAAUUGUACUUGCUAUAGUCCGGUGGUUUUUUUUUUUAAAUUAAGUUUCGCAAGAAUAAUGUUACAACAUGAAUAUGGAAUAUAACAUUUUCUUGCGUAACGAUAUAAAGGAUCGUCGAAAGCUCUAUACCGCCCGUUGUCCUCCAAUAUUACACGAUAUCACGAUUACCUUGCCGUGAAUUAAGCUGUGACACGAGCCAUAAUCGGACUUUCCCCUAACCAAUCUUAUCAAUGACGAGAACGAUUCUACAGUUUCUUUGUCUCCAGUUUGUAGUUGUGUCCGUAUGGAUGUGUCCGGCGGGAUGGUUGAAGCAUGGUCCUUCUUGUUAUCACAUGGGACCUGAAGAGGAGACUUGGUUCGAUGCAAUGAAAAUGUGUCAAAUACACGGAUCAAGUCUUGCAACAGUGUUAAGCCAAGAGGAGCACAAUUUCAUUGUAGGCCUCAUGAAACAGUUAAAUAAGGGCAAUGUUUGGUUAGGAGGGACUGAUUGGACUGUAGAAGGUACCUUCGUUUGGGAACCUUACGGUGACAAAAUGAAUUACACUAAUUUCGCUCCGGGUGAACCUAAUAACCUCAACAACGAGAAUUGCUUGCUGAUUGACGGACCCGACCAUAAACACCACCAAUACCUUUGGGACGACAGGGAUUGUGACAAGUCCGAGUCUUAUAUUUGCAAACAAAUGGACGAUGUAACUGGAAACCUAAUCGGAUGAUGGAGUGACUGUUUUUACAAGAGCUUAAUCAAAUAAAUAUCUAUUUAUU